AGACCUACACUAAAGCUCCUGGAUUAUAAUCAAACGUGACGGCGGGGUUUCGCUGCAUAUUUAAAGAAGCUCUGAUUUUUUUUUCUCACAGACCCAAGACACAAAGGUUCAAUAGAAAACUUCGGUCCCGACAUUUUUAAUGAGAUCCCGUUACGCAGGGGGCUUGCGUGCAAUUAGCUGCUUAUUCCCCUUUAAUCGACGUUUAUCUUUGCUUGGCUUACGUACCGUUGAUACGAAUGAUGUUUUAGACGUUGGAAUACUUCACAAUUUGCCAUGACUAAAGGAAGAAACUUCGCACCUUCUUCAGCCAAUGACGGCUCUUGGUUUCAGCACACAAGAGAACCUAAUAUGCCACAACGUCGAGUGCUCACGAGUACAAGAGAGAUGCUUGACGCCCCAUUCUCGGCGCCCGUCAGGCCUGCCAACCCACCCCCUCAAUACAGAGAGAAAGAAGAG